AUGCGGCUGCCUUCCAGCCCGACCUCUGCCAGCUCUGAGAGGAUCUAUUUACAGUUUAGAGAAAACAGGAUCCGUAUUAAAAAUGCCCCUUCCCCAGCGAAGCUGUAUUUCACAGAUCGUCCUGUUCAACCCGCCUGGCAGCUGGAGACGACUCGCCGUCGAGACGUUCGGGAGAGCCCAGAGCCGGCGGACCGCUGGUUGUCUCGACCUGGCAUCCCCAGCGCCCGGAUAAAGCCCAGCGCCCGGAUAAAGCCCAGCCACCGCAACGCGCCGCGGCUCUUUGUUCGCGCCGCGAUGGGACGGGGAGCGGGGCUGGGGGCGGCCGGUGGCUCGGGCUGGCGACAGAGGGGACAGCUCUGCCGCGGUCCCCGCCUCGGGCAGCGCUCGGGGCUCCGCGCUCGGCGGAGCCGCCGCCGGCCGCCCGUGCCCCGGCGCUGCGGGAUGGGGGACGCGGGGAGCCGGCGUUCCCUGCGGGUGCGGGUCCCGCUCCGCUCCCCGCCGCGUCCAGCGGAGCCCUGGGGGAUGGGAGGACACGGCCGCCCGCACUGCUGGAGCCCCCGGCCCCGCCGCUGCUCGGGACGCACGAACGCGGGGACAAAAGAACACCCCGCCACGAGGAACAACCGGCUGAAGUGGGGGGUGUGCUGGGUCAUCUCACUCAUUCGACUUCCAACGUGGCGCACGAAGCUGGAUGAGCAGCUGAGGAGCAGCGAGCAGAGGCGCGGAGUGGGAAGCAGCAGGAAGCCCUUCAGCCGGCUCUGUGAGCAGACAGAGGGACCCUGUGCCCGUACAGAGCCACCCACACCAACCAGCCGGGAGAGAGAACCGGGAUACACCGCAAAAACCGAAAGACGAUUCAGGGCGCGGGGACAUUGCAGGCACCGCGGGGGUGCCACGGCGGCAGCGGCGAGGGACCGGAGCUGUCCCCUUGAGUGUCGCUGUGGGUGCCCUCACGGGUGCCCUCACGGGUGUCCCGGCGCUCCCGCUGCUCCCGGCGGGAAGGGCGCGCGACGGGGGAAGGGCGGGGCGGGGCCGGGCGCCCGCGCGCACGGAGCUCGCGCCGGGAGCCGCUCGCGCCCUUCCCCCUCCGGCCUCUCCACUGCGCGAGCGCCGGCGGUUGCCGGGGCGCGUGACGUCACGAGCGGCGGAGGCGGCGAUUGGCCCGGCGGGGAGAGCGCCCCCGCGCCGCGCCCUCGGCUGCUGCCGCUCCUGGCGCUGCUGGCGCUGCUUGCGCCCCGCGCCCGCGCCUGGGACAGCGGCGACCUGGAGCUCUUCGACCUGGUGGAGGAGGUGCCGCGGAACUUCUACGACUUCCUGGGGGUGCAGCAGGAUGCUUCAUCUGCAGACAUUCGGAAAGCAUAUCGAAAGCUUUCUCUAAUUCUACACCCAGACAAAAAUAAAGAUGAAAAUGCAGAAAUACAGUUUAGGCAAUUGGUGGCCAUCUAUGAGGUUUUAAAGGAUGAAGAAAGGAGGCAGAGGUAUGAUGAUAUUCUGAUCAAUGGACUACCAGAUUGGCGACAGCCUGUGUUCUACUACAGGCGGGUGAGAAAAAUGAGCAAUGCUGAGCUGGCAUUACUCUUGUUCAUUAUACUCACAGUGGGUCAUUAUGCUGUGGUUUGGUCAAUCUACCUGGAAAAACAGCUGGAUGAACUGCUUAGCAGAAAAAAGAGGGAAAAGAAGAAAAAAACAGGCAGCAGGAGUACAGAUGAAGCCAAACUUGCUGCUCUAGACAAAAAUGAAAGGGUACUGGACAAACCACAAUGGCAUGACUUACUUCCAUGCAAGCUGGGAAUAUGGUUCUGUCUCACAGUGAAAGCUUUACCUCAGUUAUUCCAGGAUGCCAGACAAUUAUAUGUAGAAUAUAAAGAAACAAAAAUGAAGGCGAAAGAAGAUGCCCUGGCUAAGGCUGAACUUGAAACACUUCAGAAAGAGAAGAAGCCUAAAGUCAAGAAACCAAAAUUGGAAUUCCCUGUAUACACAGCCCUGGAAUCCAAUGUGUAUGUACCAUCUUAUGAUCAUGGAGCUUCAAUUGAAGAGAUUGAGGAGCAGAUGGAUGAUUGGUUGGGAGGCAGGAACAGAACCCAGAAAAAGAAGGCACCUGAAUGGACAGAGGAGGACCUGAGCCAGCUGACAAGAAGUAUGGUUAAGUUCCCAGGGGGGACCCCCGGUCGAUGGGAAAAGAUUGCUCACGAAUUGGGUCGAUCAGUGGCAGAUGUUACCCUGAAAGCCAAACAGGUGAAGGAUUCUGUUACAUAUACACCAGGUAUCAUUAGGCUCUCGGAGCUUAAAACGCUGGCACACAAUUCCAAAAAUUUGAAAGUCAACAUGAAUCUGCCGGACCACAUAAUCACCGAGCGAGAGAGGGAGGAGGAAGUGGAGGAGGAGGGCAACUACAAUCUUGUGUCAGAGCAGAUGGAUACCCAGACAGAUCCAAAGGAGACCAUAGCAAAUGAAACUAGACACCGAAGACGAAAAGUUGUCAAAGCACCUGAAACGGCUCUGCUGGCAACAAAAGAGGUACCAGAAGAGAAGGGCAGAGGGAGGCGUCAGAAAGAUUUUGAUAACACUGAGCAAGCGGAAGAGAGUGAUGAUGAAGGCAGAAGAAGGGAGAAGAGCCGUGCACCAGAAGAACUGUGGACUCAAAAUCAACAGAAACUUCUUGAAAUGGCCUUGCAGCAGUAUCCAAAGGGAACAUCAGACCGCUGGGAUAAAAUAGCAAAAUGCGUUCCUGGAAGAAGCAAGGAGGAGUGUAUAGCAAGAUACAAGUUGCUUGUUGAACUGGUACAAAAGAAAAAAAUGGCUAAAAGCUGAAUGUUGUGAGCAAGAAGAGACGUAGUUCAUCUUUGUCAAAAUGGGGUUUUAAAUCUCAUAUGCAGAAAACUGCAUUUUUGUACCUCAGUAUUUCUAUAUGUCAUGUGCCUUAGUAAAAGAAAAUAUUAAUAAAUCUUAUACCAUCUUACCUGG